CGUUUAUAUAUCAGACUUUAUUCUCUCCCUUUCUCUCUCUGCGUUUUCUUCUCCUCUAAAUCCCUCGCCGGAAUCCGGUUACUAUGCUCGCCGCCGAAUCUCUCCGGCCCCGUUCGCCGGCCAUCUGACCCCCCCGAGAUCCGCUGCCGGUUCUGCGCACUUUCCGGUGGUCCUUGUUGGAUUGAGGAAUAUCGCGGAGGAAAUUUUCUCUCGGAGUUUAAUUGAUCGUCAGGUGAUAUAUACAGCCGCAGCCGUUUUUGUUUUCAUACUGUCAAAUUUGAUUGGGGGUUGGAUUUGUUUUCGAUAUAGAAUUUAAGUGAUUUUGGUUGGAGGAUCAAAUUUGCCUUUGAGUUUAUACCAUAGAUUGUUUGAUUGAUGGAGACACAAUAACUGUUGAAAUCGAUAUUUAAGGUAUUGGCAGCUGAGUUGAAUAGUGAUAAGUUUUGUUAACAGAAAGAUACAUGGCUUCUCCUUCGGAUAAUCAUACAAUGGAAGAGCAGGAAGAGGGAGGGAAUAGUAUUACGAGGUUGAGUUUGAGGGGUAGAAUGAGUGAUGGUCGCCGAAGAUAUGGAUCAAGUGAUUCUUUUUUCCCUGGUCUUGUUGAUGAUGUAGCUCUGCAUUGCCUUGCUUGGGUUGGUAGAUCAGAUUAUGCUUCCCUGUUGUUGAUUAAUUCAAGGUUUAAUAAGUUAAUUAAGAAUGGGUAUUUGUAUGGGUUGAGGAAGCAGUUGGGAAUUGAGGAGCAUUGGGUGUAUCUGGUUUGUGAUUUGAAAGGGUGGGAGGCGUUUGAUCCCAGUAGAAAGAAGUGGAUGACAUUGCCUAAGGUGCCUUGGGAUGAUUGUUUCAAUCAUGCAGACAAGGAGUCUCUGGCUGUGGGAAGUCAGUUGCUGGUUUUUGGUCGUGAAUUGCUGGAUUUUGCUAUUUGGAAGUAUAGUGCGAUGCAUCAUGGUUGGGUUAAAUGUGAGGGAAUGAACAAGCCUCGCUGUUUGUUCGGGUCUGGUACUCUUGGUUCAAUUGCUAUUGUUGCGGGUGGGAGUGAUAUGAAUGGAAAUGUUUUGAAGUCAGCAGAGUUAUAUGAUUCUAUAUCAGGUAAGUGGAAAGUCUUACCUGAUUUGCACUCGCCGCGUAGAUUGUGCUCUGGUUUCUUCAUGGACAACAAGUUCUAUGUCAUUGGUGGGAUGUCAAGUCCCUUGGAUUCACUGACUUGUGGCGAGGAGUAUGAUCUGGAGACAGGGAAAUGGAGGAAAAUUGAGGGUAUGUAUCCAUAUGUCAACAGGACGGCACAGGCUCCCCCUCUUAUCGCAGUAGUGGAUAACCAACUAUAUGCAGUUGAGUAUGAAACCAAUAUGAUCAAGAAGUAUGACAAGGAGAAGAACACUUGGGAUGUUAUAGGCAGACUUCCAGUUAGGGCUGACACUUCAAAUGGCUGGGGCCUGGCUUUCAAGGCUUGUGGAAAGAAACUUCUUGUUGUGGGUGGCCAAAAAGGUCCAGAAGGCGAAGGUAUUGUCCUGAACUCCUGGUGUCCAAAGUCAGGGGUUAAGAAUGGUACCUUGGACUGGAAGGUGAUUGGUGUAAAAGAGAAUGUUGGUGUGUUUGUGUACAACUGUGCAGUUAUGGGUUGUUGAAGAUUCUUUUUAGAUUAACAACAAAGAAGGUUCUGGUUUCUGCAAUCUGACUUGGCCCCUUUUGGGUACUUCCUGUGCAUCUAUCUGAUUGACUAGAAUUAAUUGUGUGCUGGCUCAGAAGUUGGUUCGCUUUUGUUAACAUGUCCCAGAUCUCGGGUGUUUCACACUUCCAUGGACCAUGAUCCUGAUAUGCUCCUGAAGAAUUACAUUUGGGUUACAUGGGUAGUAUGCUGCUCCCUGUCUUAUCUUUGAAGUUGUGUUUAUCGUCUCUCAUUUUUUUCUUAAUAAAUUGGGAACUUUUGUUUAUUGAUUUGGUUUUUUAAAUUGUGCUCUUCCAGUGUUAUAGAUGUCACAGAUUUCAUUCCAGUUAUCUGGAUCAAGAUAAAUAAAUGUUAUCUCGAUUCACCA